AACAACACUGAUAAUUAGGGACGUUGAGGAUAUAGAAUAUGUGCCCGAAGAAGGGAUUGGAAACCUCACAUUACUCCAAGUGCUCUCAAUUAAAAAUUGCCCUAAUUUGGUAUCAGCACCAGAUCAAGGGAUGGGUCGCCUCAUCUCCUAACAGAGACUGCAUAUUUCAAAUUGUCCUAAAUUGGCGUCACUACCAGCAGGGCUUCGUUGCCUCAGCUCCUUACAGGAACUGCAAAUUUGGGAUUGCCCGAAAUUGGCGUCACUACCAGAAGGGAUGGGCAACCUCAAAUCACUUCAGCUGCUUCAGAUAUGGGAUUGCCCUAAUUUGGCAUCACUCCCGGAAGGGCUUCGUUGCCUCGCCUCAUUAGAAAGGUUGAUAAUUGGGCAUUGCCCCAUCUUAAAGCAAAGAUGCCAGGAAGAAACAGGUGAGGACUGGUCCAAAAUUGCUCACAUCUCCCGAGCUAUUCAUACUCUGAAGAACAUGAAUACUAUUCUUAUUAAGGGUUGGGUCAGUGGAGAUUGGGUCCCCACGAAAAACUCUCAUGGCUUGAUUGUGAUUGUGCAACAGCAGGUCACCAAGAAAUGGGCUAUCGAAGAAUUUCUAUAGCUUAUCUAUUCAACUUGAAAUGAAGUGCAUUCAUAUAUUACAAAUACUCUAGUCAGAAAAUAAUAAUAAUAAUAAAAAAGCACGAAAAAGGAUGAAGGAAGGGAUUUUUAUGUAAACAAAGCUGAACUAAAAUGACUA